AUGCCAGGCAAAGUCGUCAACCGCGAAGAGUGGCUCACCGCCCGCAGAGCCCUCCUCGCCAAAGAAAAAGACCUCACCCACAGAGGCGACGUCCUCGCCGCCGAGCGCCGCGCCCUGCCCAUGGUCAAGAUUGACAAGCCCUACCUCUUCCAAGGCCCUGGCAGCAACAAGACGCUCUCCCUCGACGACCUCUUUGACGGCCAGGACCAACUCAUCGUGUACCACUUCAUGUUCAGCCCCAAAGACGACGCAGGCUGUCCCGGGUGCACCCACAUGGGCGAAUCCCUCCCAGACGUCCGCCACCUGCGCUCCAAGCAGACGAACCUCGUCGCCGUCUCCCGCGCGCCCAUCGCCAAGAUUGAAGCGUACAAGAAACGAGCAGGAUGGACGUUUCCAUGGUACUCCUCCGGCGAAUCAGACUUCAACUACGACUUCCACGCGACGCUGGACGAAGAGAGAUGCCCCAAGGAGUACAAUUUCGCAGAGCUCAACCAGGACGACGCGCGGUUCAAGCCGGAUUUCAAGGGGGAUGUUCCUGGCUUCAGCGUCUUCUUGAAGCAGGAUGGGGAGAUUUAUCAUACGUAUUCGACGUUUAUGAGGGGCGGCGAAAAGGUGCAGCCUACCUUGACGCUGUUGGACAUGACGCCCCUGGGGAGGAGACUUGUUUCGCCGGGCGACUUUAAGCUGCGCAACGAGUACUGA